UGCGAACACAACUCCAGACACACUUCACGUCCCGCCGCGGGACAAUACCGCACGAGUUCAAAUCCAUGGUCUCUGGCUUUUGUUUUUUUUUUAGAGACUAAGAUCGAAUAUCGUAUUUACUUUCUUUAAGGAGGAAGGAAAUCGCCAAAUAUUGUGAGAGGUGUUUAUUAAGGUCUGGAGGAAGAAAGACGAUCGGUUGUGUUGUUCAUCUUGUCUGCAGGACAGACAGCAGCAGACAAACAAUGAGGAAAAACAUGGAAGUGUAGUCGUGCCCUGCAAAUUGUUGUUGUAGUUGUUUGUAGUAUUCUUCAGGUGAUUGUGUUACAGCAGGAAAAUCUGUUCACUUGUACUUGGUGAGAGGACGCAUCGGCGAUCAAAAGUGUGAAAACUUUGCGGUCACACGGACAUCAGUUGCACUUCUGUGAAAAUUUCUUAGACACACUAAAAAAAAAAAUGGAUGCACGGGUCUGGGUGUGCAUGAUGGUGCUGCUGGCUGGACUUGCAGAGCUCACAGUACAGCAGUCCGAGAAACCCUUUGAACGGCACCCGGAAGACGGGUGGUUCAACAACCUUCUGCACCCGGAUUGGGGAGCUAUAGACGGAGAGCUGCUGCGCCGGACCCCAGCAGCCUACAGCGAUGGUGUGUACGAACCUUCCGGGGUCAACCGUCCGAACCCAUUCGACAUCAGUGACCGAGCGCACAAAGGCGAUUCUGGUCAAGGGUCUGAGAAGAACCGCACCACCCUCAUGGUCUUCUUCGGUCAACAGCUGGUGGAGGAGAUCAUGGACUCUCAAGGUGCUAGUUGUCCCCGAGAGUUUCUGAACAUCAAAGUUCCUCUGGGCCACCCGUACAACCCUAACAACCUGACAGACCUGUCCAUGCCCUUCUUGAGGACGCGUUACAAUGGCCGCACGGGCUACUCGCCAAACAACCCUCGUCAGCAGCUGAAUGAGAUCACGCCUUACCUGGACGGAAACCUGGUGUACGGGGCUGGCAAAGCCGUUGGAGACGCCGUCAGAGCCUUCAAGGACGGGAUGCUGGCCGCCCAGGGCGACCCCGCGGACAUCAAGAACAGCCUCCCCAUCCGCAACAACAUCCGCCUGCCCAUGGCCAACCCGCCCUCGCCCCGUGAUCACGAGAUGAGACCCGUCAGUCGCUUUUACAGGCUUGGCAACCCGAGAGGUAAUGAAAACCCUUUCCUGCUGACCUUUGGGGUCCUGUGGUUUCGCUAUCACAACUACUUGGCCAAAGAGAUCAAACGAAAUCAUAGUGAGUGGGACGACGAGCACGUGUUCAAUGCAGCACGAAAGCGCCUGAUAGGACAAUACCAGAAAAUCGUUUUCAAGGACUGGCUCCCUGUCUGGCUGGGAAACUUCACGCAAGAAGACUACCCGUACACCUACAACGAAUCCACCAGAAGCGCUUCCAAGAAUCCUUACAAUGGUUAUCAGCCGAAUGUGCACCCAGGCAUCAGCCAGGAGUUCCAGACCGCUGCACUUCGGUUUGGUCACACACUAGUUCCAUCCGGGGUCUUUAUACGGAAUAACGAUUCAGCCUGCGGAAUGACUCAGAUGGAAUUGAAAAGGGCAGGCAACCACAAAGUUACUGGGGUUAGACUGUGUAACGCUUUCUGGGUUUCACAGGAGACAGUGGAGAGCGCCCAAAUAGGAGUGGAUCGCAUCCUGCUUGGACUGGCUUUCACUAAGGCAGAGAAAGAGGACCGCAUCAUUGUCAGCGAUCUCAGACAGGAAGUGUUUGGCUCCCUGGACUGGUCACGCCGUGACCUUGCAGCCCUGAAUAUUCAGCGAGCACGUGACCACGGGAUACCCGGCUACAAUGAGGUCAGGCGCGCCUACGGGUUGCCUCCCCUAAACUCAUGGGAAGAUAUCAUCAAGGAGCUGCAUGAAGAACCAGAUAAGGAUUUCAAAGAUGACCUGAACAACAGCAUCCAGAGCCUGAAGCAGUUGUACGGCUCAGACAAGCCCGACGAGUUGGACAUCUUCGUGGGCGGCCUGCUGGAGACCAGCCCCCAAGGGCCCGGGCCCCUCUUCCGGGCCAUCACCCUGGACCAGUUCUUGAGGAUCAGACACGGCGACCGCUUCUGGUACGAGAACAGGGACAACGGACUUUUCAGUGAGGAAGAAAUACAGGAGAUUGAGAACACUACACUUGCUGACAUUAUAACACAAGUGACUUACAUCCGAAAGGAACAACUUCCUGACAACGUCUUCACAUGCAGCAAUACAUUGAAUUGCGACUGUGUGGACCCCUUCAAACUGUCUGACGCACCAGACCAGACUGAGAACUGCACGACCCUGCAGCACUACGAUUAUUUCUCCGGCAGCGAGGUCUCCUUCGCUCUGUCCUUCCUCGUCCUCUUCCUCUGCAUUCCAGUGACGUUCGGAAUCAUGCUUUUGAUGGCAAAACAACGAGAGAACCAUCUUCGCAACGCAGCCAGGAUGGCGGCACCCCGGGUAGCAGUAGAUGCGCAAACGUCAUUCCCAGUCGUGGAGUGGAUGGGCAAUGAGUCAGGUGAGCGCCAUGUCAUCGUGGAGCUGAUGGCCAGUCGCAAGAAGAUCGUGGUGCACAACGCCUCCCACACCAAGACACUGCGCCUCAUUGACCUCCGGAACCAGAAAGAUAUAACCUUUUACCUCGGGCAGGACCGCAACAUGAGCGUCAUGGCCAUCAGGGUGCCGGGCGAGACUGACCUGGUGCUUCGGUUCGACACAGGGGCGGAAAGAGCAUCAGCCGUUCCCAAGAUGGAGAACUUCCUGCGUGAGAUCCGCGUGCAGCGAAACCUACAGGAAGUGCCCACUGCGCACAUCUACCGCGACGCCUCCACCCACGACGACCGCAAGAAGAUUCUGGAACAGUUCUUCCGCACAGUCACCAUGCAGGUGUUUCAAACAUCCGGCGGUCGAGAUGAGGGCUUGGGCGACCUCGACCCGGAGACGAUGCAAAAGAUUCGCAACAUCCGUUUGACGAGGUCAGAGUUCGCAGACUCCAUGGGCCUCCAACCGACCUCCUUGUUCGUCCGAAACAUGUUUCUGCUUGUGGACCGCUCAAGGGAUGGUUUCGUCUCCUUCGACGAAUUCAUGAAUAUGUUCGUCACACUCUCUAAAGGUAGCGCCCGCGAUAAAGCUCAGAUGCUGUUCAACAUGUACGACUUGAAGAGACAAGGUAAACUGUCCAGAGCCGACUUCGCUAAGAUGAUCAGAUCCAUGCUGGACCUGGCCGAGGCCACCGUUGACAACGAGGAGCGAGUGGAUCAGCUGAUUCAGUCCAUGUUUGAGCAGGCGGGCAUCAGCGACAAGUCCACCAUGACAUUCGACGAUUUCUGCAAGAUCUUCGCUUCCAACGAACAUGGCGAAAUCCUCAAGAACGCCACCAUCGGCCUGGAAGUGGGCGGCAAUGUCAUCAGCCAACCGAAAAGCAGCGGAAAGUCACUGAGGGAACGGCGAGAGACCGUGAUCCGUCGCUACAAAGCGGCUAUGGACAAAGACCAGCGCAGGGCCAAGACCAGUGGCAAUGUCCGUAACUCCCGGGUGUCGGUGAGGGCUGAGACCAUAGAGUACCCGAAGACAGUCAAUGCCCUCCGCUGGUACAUGCUCCUGAGAUACGUGGAAACCUACCGCCUGCAGAUCUUCUGGGUGAUCCUCUACACACUCGUCACCUUCGGCAUCUUCAUCGAGAGAGCUUACUAUUACUCGGUGGAGAGGGAGCACGCCGGCUUGAGGAGGUUGGCCGGGUAUGGAGUUUCGGUUACCCGGGGUGCAGCCUCUGGCAUGAUGUUCACUUACGCCAGCCUCGUUAUCACCAUGAGCCGCAACACCUUGACCUUCUUCCGUGAAACCUUCCUGCACCGCUUCAUCCCCUUCGACUCCUUCCACGCCAUGCACAAGUACAUCGCCUUCAUCGCCCUUCUCUUCACAGCAAUGCACUGCAUCGGACACGGGAUCAACCUCUACCACAUCUGCACACAGGCGUCCUCCGACCUCAACUGCUACUUCACCGAGUACUUCCGGGCAACCCAUGUUCUGGCCAGUUUUCACUACUGGGCGUGGACAACAAUCACAGGCCUUACUGGCAUUAUCCUCACCGUCAUCAUCAUCGUCAUGUAUGUCUUCGCCCUGGAGUACAGCCGCCGUCACGUGUUCAAGGCUUUCUGGUUUACACACAACCUCUACAUCCCCCUCUACUUCUUCCUCUUCCUCCAUGGAUUUGGUCGCCUUGUUCAAGACCCGCUGUGGGGCUACUACUUUAUCGGUCCUGUGGUCAUCUUCACUCUGGACAAACUGGUAUCCCUCAGUCGCCAGAAAGUAGAAAUCUCAGUCAUGAAGGCUCUGACCCUUCCCUCUGGCGUGACUCAGCUUAUUUUUAAGAAACCAAUCAACUUCGAAUACAAGUCGGGGCAGUGGGUACGAGUGGCCUGUCUCAAACUGGCCAAAAACGAAUACAACCCGUUUACCUUGACCUCUGCCCCGCACGAAGAGACCCUCUCCCUCCACAUCCGCGCCGUGGGGCCCUGGACCAACAACAUCCGCCGCAUCUACGAUCAGCCUUCUGGAGGCAAACUACCGAAGCUGUACCUGGACGGCCCCUUCGGAGAGGGUCACCAGGACUGGUAUCGGUUUCCUGUGUCGGUACUCGUCGGGGGAGGGAUAGGUGUCACACCCUUCGCCUCCAUCCUCAAGGAUCUGGUGCACAAGUCUCGUCUCAAAAUGCGCUUCCCGUGCCAAAAGGUGUACUUCCUGUGGGUCACGCGGACUCAGAAGAGCUUCGAGUGGCUGACGGACAUCAUUCGUGAGGUGGAGGCAGGUGAUGAGAAGCAGCUGGUGGAGGUGCACAUCUUCAUCACACAGUUUCCAGCAGAAGUUUGACCUGCGUACACUAUGCUGUACAUCUGCGAACGUCACUUCCAACGGUGGAGGGCCAGAGCUUGUUCACAGGGCUGAGGGCCCAAUCACUUCGGUCGACCGAAAUUCCAUGACUUCCUCUUCUCCUUACAGUUCGAACAUCCGGAGGCCAAACAAAUUGGAGUCUUCAGCUGUGGACCGCCGCCCAUGACCCACUCAGUGGAGUCCGCCUGCUCCAGUCUCAACCGUAUAGACGGACCCACCUUCUCGCACCACUACGAGAACUUCUAGAGAAGUCGCACUCAGCAUCACGACAAGCACUGCAGCCAUUCUUUCAACAGAUCCACAAACAUGUCAAGGUUCGCGAACCCCAGGGGACCUAGCGGGGUCAGAGUCUGGGGCAAGGGUCGGACAGCUGUUUAUUUACUUCACCAGCUAGUCGACGACGCCACCAGCAGACGCGUAAACCUCACUAUGCUAACGAUGUGCGAUGGGAUGGAACCACACAUACAGUGCUGACAGGGACGACAUUGACCUCUCAACAUCGAGUACAACAUGGAAAUACCAGAGUCGAUGAGAAGGAACAGGAUGCCGUUAAGGUGUGUCCUCGACUAUUAAAAAACUGUUAAAACCUUGAAGCACACCCGACGACCAUGAGUCAAAAGGACUCAAGUGAUGAAGGGUGGGGCUUUCUUUGGUCAUUAGUUCUGAGUAUCACAUUAGCUUCAUUUGCUUCGGAUGAACUCGCUAUCUCACGUCAACUCUAUAUAACGUACCUCAGUUUUAUAUAUCUAUAUAUAUAUGUGUGUGUACCUUAGUGUAUAAGUACAUGAGAGAGCGUGCGCACAUCCUAACGUUCUCUCGCAACUGUUUCUCUAAAACACAUCCACACUCGCUCGCUUACACACACAUACACACAGGUGAACACAUAUGUAGAGAUUGACAAUCACUCUCCCUCCCUCUCUCUCUCACACACACAAUCACCAAUAAUAAAUAGAAGUAAAUAAUAAAUAAAUAAUUUAUUUAUUAUUUACACACACUCACAAUCCUCAUUUGCCUGAUGAGUGUCUGAUCAUGGUACUUUGUUGUACAACGUGUAGUUUUCACAUGUUCACAUGUUCACCGAACCUGAUUACCGCCACAGGACUUGCUCAAUUUUUUGUCUAAACAUAAUUAUUUCUUCGAAAUUUGUAUCUAAAAAUGUGUACUCCUAAGUAUAUUUUAUAUACUACCAAAGCUUAUUAUGUACUGUCCUACCACUGGCAGCUUCAGUAAUGUAUGGAUGUAAGCUGUGUCUGGGGAUUAAAUGAUGAUUUCUGAAUAAGUGAGGGUCAAAGUUCGGUGAACUCUGAUAGUCCAGUUAUAAGUAUGUAAGAAUGAGACUGGGUGAUCGGUCUAUUGUCUUAACACAUUUAAUGUAACCUAGCCAUGUGUAAAUAACUUUAACAUAACUCGUAAAUAAAGUAACCUGAAUACACAACAGCAGUAAAGCAGUAAAGAUGAACAUUCGCUGCCUGUACUCGUAGGUUUACAUGAAGGAGACGCGUGGUGUGUAAACAUGUAAUCGCACGGCGAUCGUAAACACACCCACUUCACUGACAUUGCAUUAAACACACACACACCGAACAUCACACACACACACAUAGAACAUCAUAUACAGACACACACACAGAACUUCAUACACACACGCACAAAACAUCAUACACAUAUAUAAACUCGUGCAUGUAAAUAAAAACACGCACACACACACACACGCGGGGGUGUAAAGUAAAGUGUCGGGUGCGCAUUUUGUAUGUAGAGAUGAAGAUUCCAGUCUUUAACUCGCUGCCAUCAGCGCACAACCCUCGGUUGAGGUCACCUGACCUGCCAGAGUAUGAGAGAUGCGCCCCGCAGAGCAACUUUAACUGCCUCCCUAUCUUCUGUCAUCAGAACCAUUGCAGACAUAAUUCCUUCAGUCUUUUCAAGAACACACAUGAGAUAACAGGAUGAAGCCGAUGGUACGAGUCUGUACGACUGUGUGUACAUGCAGCAGAUUGUAACAAAUGUAUAUUGUCUUUAUGUACCAAGCUAUAAAAUAAACUGUGUGUGAGACUGCA